CUCUAGCCCUCCUUCAUCCCCACUGCAACGAUGUCCCCCUCACCCGUCGACGCGGUCGCCGUGGCCGAGCAGCUGCUCGAGCUCGUCAAGAAGCGCACCACCUCCCCGCCCGACAGCACCGAGUUCUACGAUGAGGGCCUCGCCAUCCAGGCCACCGCGGACAAAUUGUUGCGCACCGUCAUGGGACCCCUCGAGUACACUGCGCUCCUUGGAGAGUCGUGCCAGGAGAGCCAGGCCCUGUACUUUGUGACCUCGUUCGGGAUCGCGGACAUCAUCGGCGACGGUGCGCUCGGCAUCGCAGAGAUCAGCGAAAAGACAGGCGUGGACACGCAGUUCCUCGGCGUGGUGAUGAGCUGCAUGCUCGGCCGUGGCUACUUUGAGGAAGUGGAGACGAACGUGUACCGCAACAACGAACUAUCCGCCGUGCUGCGCGACGACCACCCCGACUGCAUGAAGAGCGCCAUCGGCUUCGUGGCCGACGAGGGCUACAAGGCGGCCUCCCGCCUCAUCGACGUCGCCAAGCUCCGCGGACCGUCCGGCUCCGCCGACGUUUCCGCCGACGCAGGCAAGGCGCGCGUUACCGGCACGAACCUCGCCUUCGGCUUCGACUGCUCCGUCUUCGACUGGAUGGCCAAGCCCGAGCAGGCCUGGCGCGGCGAGCGCCUCGGGCGCGCGAUGAAGCAGCUCCACGGCAUGGCGAACCAGAACGUGCCAAAGGACUACGCGUGGAACGCGCUCAAGUCCCCGAUCGUCGACUGCGGUGGCGGCAUCGGCGCGCUCGAGAUGGCGAUUCUCAAGGACGAGAAGAACCUUAAUCUCGAGUUCACCAUCUUCGACAUCCCGCAGACCGUCGAGAACGCGAAAAGGGCGUGGAGCGCGCUCCCCGAACGCUCCGCCUCCCGCGUCUCCUUCGCCCCGGGCAAUUUCCUCGCCUCCAGCCUCCCCGACACCGGCAUCCCGCUCGGCCGGCCGACGUACCUCAUCCGCCACGUCCUCCACGACUGGACCGACGCCGAGGUGCUCGCCAUCCUCCGCAACGUCCGCGCCGCGCUCGCGUCCUCGCCCUCCGAAGGCGUGCCGGUCGGCGAGCGCACGCUCGUGGUGUGCGAGAUGCUGCUCCGGCCCGACUCGAGCCGCUUCGUAAGGACGACGAGCAUGCAGCUCCUCGCGCUCAACAACGGCAUCACGCGCACGCUCGAUGCCAUGCGCGGCUUGAUCGAGCAGGCGGGCUUUGUCGUCCGGAAGGUCCACAGCAUGCGCGCGGUGGACUCGAUCAUCGAGGCCGUGGUUCCGGUCUAGAUGGUGUGCUCGAGGUCGUUUCGGAAUGGAAAUGUAAUAGAAAAGAACGGGCUUCUUGGGUUCUGUAUCAGUAUGGAAUGAUAGUCAGAGUGGGUGUGCGAUCAUGAUGAUGGUUACUGUGUCUGUUUGUGGGGCGAUACUCUCAGUGGUGCGCUUGCGAAGUCGGUGCUAUCUUUGUCU